AUGAAUAUUCAAGGGAAGACAAAAGACACUUUAAAAUCACGUCAUGACUUGAAAGAUUUGGGGUUGCGGCCUACAUUGCACCCUAUCAAAGUAGGGGACAAAUGGAAGAUGCCUCCAGCUCCAUAUACCUUUUCCUCCUUCGAAAAACAAACAUUCUGUAACUUUUUGAAAGAGCUAAAAGUCCCUGAUGGUUUUUCAUCAAAUAUAUCUUAUUGUGUAAACUCGAAGGAAGCUAAGAUUUCGGGUUUGAAGAGCCACGAUUGUCAUGUAAUACUUGAGCAUCUUCUUCCUUUAGCAAUACGUGGUCUUCUCACUCCACCUGUACGUGAAGCAUUAAUUGAGUUGUCAUUGUUCUUUACUUUAUUAUGUGCGAAAGUACUUAAUGUGGAUGAUUUGAAGCAACUAGAGUCCCAAAUUCCUAUAACUCUCUGCAAAUUGGAGAAGGUUUUUCCUCCUUCCUUCCUUGAUGUGAUGAUACAUUUACCUAUCCACUUAGCUAACGAAGCUAUAAUGGGAGGGCCAGUUCAGUUCAGAUGGAUGUAUCCAAUAGAACAAUACAUGUAUAGGCUGAAGUCUUACAUAAGGAAUAGGGCUCAUCCGGAGGCUUCGAUUGCGGAGGGCUAUGUAGCAAAAGAGUGCAUGAAUCGUUGCUCUAGGUAUAUGCAGAGUAUAGAGACCCGAUUUAAUCGACUUGAUCGAAAUUAUGAAAAUAGCCAAGGUCAUGAUGAUACCCUGCCUAUUUUUAGUCAUUCUGGUCGAAGCCUAGGGGCUGCAAGUGUUAGAGAUCUUGAGAAGGGGGAAUUGGAUGACGCUCACAUUUAUAUUUUGAAGAAUUGUGAUGAGGUUCAGCCUUUUCUUAGAGAGUAUUCUGAAAUACAAGCAUUGACGAAUCCUGGAAUCUCUGAAGAGGAAUGGUGCAAAAACUUUAAAAGUUGGUUCAAGAUGGAAGUUGCGCGGUUAUAUGAGAAUAAUAAAAGCAUGGAAAUGGAAAAUUUGCUUGCAUUAUCACGUGGGCCAACACGAUAUGUUACUUCUUUUAGUGGUUAUAUUGUUAAUGGAUAUAGGUUUCACAUAGAAAGUCGUGAAAUGUCUUUGAGUACACAAAACAGUGGGGUGGUUGUUAUAGGAAACACAGGGGAUGGAGAUGAGAACAUUGAUUAUUAUGGAGUAGUAACAGAUAUAAUAGAGAUCCAGUAUCUUGGGCGAAACCGAGUUGUGUUAUUCCGUUGCAAAUGGUGGGAUGUUUAUGAUAAGGUAAAGGGAGUAAAAGUUGAUGAAUAUGGAGUUGUUAGUGUUAAUUGCAAUAAGCAAUUAAAAACUAAUGAACCAUUUAUUUUGGCUAGUCAAGCUAGGCAAGCUUUCUAUGCCAUUGACAACCUAAAUAAGGGUUGGAAGCUCGUUUCAAAGACUCAACCGCGCAACUAUGAUGAAAAUGAUGAUAAUGAGGAAGGUGAUGCGUAUCAGCACGGUGAAUUAUUCAAACCUACAUACGUAGCAUCCUCUUUGACAAGCGCUAGUGAUGAAGUUUGUAGAAGCAGGGAUGGCGUGGAUCCAAUUAUUGUGACAGAUGAUAUAAUAAGUGGAGAGCAAGGACCCAUGAAGAGGCUAAGAACAGAAUAG